AGAGGACGUGAUAUUAUCGGCAUCAUUUGUCACAUUCGUACCAAUUUGAAUACAUCCAUUAAUGUCUGCCAAGGGUACCUCGGCCACCGCAGCAGCGGAGGAGAAGAACGGAGAGCCACCAACCGAAGACAGAUGUCCGGUGGAGGAGGUGGCGCUGGUGGUGCCGGAAACUGACGACCCAGCACUCCCAGUAAUGACAUUCCGGGCAUGGUUUCUUGGCCUGGCCUCGUGUGUAAUCUUGAUCUUCCUGAACACUUUCUUCAUAUACAGAACACAGCCUUUGACCAUCUCCGCCAUUUUGAUGCAAAUAGCGGUGCUUCCCGUGGGCAAGUUCAUGGCGACGACACUGCCCACAAAGCAGUACACAGUGUUUGGACGGUGGAGUUACACACAGAAAUUUCUCAUUUUAUUUUUUAUUUUUUUGGUUCUGCAGAUAUUGGGAUAUGGAUGGGCAGGGAUGUUGAGAAAAUACUUGGUUGAUCCAGUACAGAUGUGGUGGCCUUCUAAUCUUGCUCAAGUUGCUUUAUUUAGGGCGCUUCAUGAAAAGGAACACAAAGCAAAAGGUCUUACAAGGAUGCAGUUUUUCCUUGUUUUUAUGGCUGCAAGCUUUGCCUAUUACUUAUUUCCGGGAUAUCUGUUUUCGAUAUUGACAUUCUUCUCUUGGGUAUGUUGGGCGUGGCCUCAUAGUAUAACUGCUCAGCAAAUCGGUUCGGGUUACCAUGGACUUGGAGUGGGUGCCUUCACCCUCGAUUGGGCAGGGAUUGGGGCUUACCAUGGUAGUCCAUUGGUUACACCCUUUUCGUCGAUUCUGAAUCUUGGGGUUGGCUUUAUCAUGUUUAUAUACAUAAUUGUCCCACUAUGUUACUGGAAGUUCGAUACUUUUGAUGCCCGGAAAUUCCCCAUAUUUUCUAAUCAGCUAUUCACUUCCAGUGGACACAAAUAUGAUACUACUAAAAUCUUGACCCCACAAUAUGAUCUUAAUAUUCCGGCUUAUGACAAAUAUAGCAAGCUCUACCUUAGCCCCCUGUUUGCCCUCUCGAUUGGGUCAGGAUUUGCAAGAUUUACAGCUACCCUCACACACGUGGCAUUGUUCCAUGGCAGUGAUAUUUGGAAGCAAAGUAGAUCUGCUAUGAAGAAUGCCAGCCUCGACAUUCAUUCAAAACUAAUGAAACGUUACAAGGAAGUUCCUCAGUGUUGGUUCCUUGUUUUAUUAGUAGGUAGCAUUGCGUUUUCCCUCAUGAUGUGUUUUGUAUGGAAAGAAGACGUGCAGCUACCCUGGUGGGGUUUGCUCUUUGCAUUUGGUUUGGCUUGGAUUGUUACUCUCCCGAUCGGAGUCAUUCAAGCAACUACCAACCAGCAACCUGGAUAUGACAUAAUUGCUCAGUUCAUUAUCGGGUACAUCCUUCCCGGAAAACCCAUUGCAAACCUUCUUUUCAAGAUAUAUGGACGCAUAAGUACCAUUCACGCUCUUUCUUUCUUAGCCGACCUUAAACUCGGGCAUUACAUGAAAAUUCCACCACGAUGCAUGUUUGUAGCUCAGCUGGUGGGAACGCUAGUUUCAGGUACAGUCAACCUCGCAGUAGCAUGGUGGAUGUUAGGAAACAUUGAGAACAUCUGUGAUGUCGAGGCAUUACAUCCUGAGAGCCCAUGGACAUGUCCCAAAUUCCGAGUCACUUUUGAUGCUUCUGUUAUUUGGGGUCUAAUCGGACCUGAGCGAUUGUUCGGAUCUGGGGGAAUGUACAGGAACCUGGUCUGGCUCUUCCUCAUCGGAGCAUUCUUGCCAGUACCCGUUUGGAUACUCAGCAAAAUCUUCCCAGACAAGAAAUGGAUUCCCUUAAUCAACAUACCAGUUAUAUCUUAUGGCUUCGCGGGAAUGCCGCCGGCUACUCCCACCAAUAUUGCUAGUUGGAUCAUUACAGGAACGAUCUUCAAUUAUUUUGUGUUCAAAUACAAGAAAACAUGGUGGCAAAAGUACAACUACGUUCUUUCUGCUGCAUUAGAUGCUGGAACAGCAUUCAUGGGAGUUCUACUGUUUUUUGCUCUGCAAAAUGAGGGCAAAAAUUUGAAGUGGUGGGGAUCCGAGCCAGAUCAUUGUCCUUUGGCAUCUUGCCCAACAGCUCCAGGGAUAGUGGUCGAAGGGUGCCCUGUAUUCAAGUAGCCACACAGCAAAUAAAACUAGGAUUCCUCUUUGAACAUUAUGUUCAAAGACUAAAUAUGUAAAAAGAAAUUGGUAAAGCUGGUUAUACAAAACUCAGCUACAAUUUUGAAUAACAGCUUGAAUUUUAAAUUCUAAGUGAAUGUACAAGAAAAUAUCACUUUUCUAAUAGGAAUAUUCAACUAUUUUCCUGUUAA